GGGACUUACUUGGGGGCCAGACAGCCAAGGCUAGCUCUCGCUGGGCAAGGCAGAAGCUUCGGCCACUCCCAACAGAUUUUCUCUCCUCUUAAAAAAGUCCAUUUGGAUUGCGAGAACUCGGAGGAAACGGAUCCCAACUUUUUCUGGAGAAGAUGCUCAGGCCCUGCUGAGAGUCCCAAAGCUCCAGAAACUUUCUUCUUCCCUGCCUGCCUGGGUGUCCCCCGCCCCAGGUCCCUUUGAUGACCAGCUUCUCAGGAGGAAAAUCCCCUUGAACUGGAGCCUCAGUGAUGUUCCGAAAGCUGUUCCCCACGCUCCUGGUCUGGGGCCUCCUGGGCCCCCUUCAUGCUCAACCACAAACAGCGUUCUUUGAAGGCAGCACCACGGACAGAGCCAGCAACUGCCCAGAGAAAACAGACUGCCCCAUCAACGUGUACUUCGUCCUGGACACCUCGGAGAGUGUAACCAUGCAGUCGCCCAUUGACAGUCUCUUGAGCCAAACACAGCAAUUCCUCCUGCAGUUCACCAGCCAGCUGAAGAAUCAGCACUACCGUGACCAGGUGGCCAUCAGCUGGCAUUAUGGAGGCCUGCACUUCUCGGACGAGGUGGAAGUCUUCAGCCCCCUGGGCAGCGAUGAAGCCACCUUCAAAUCCAGGCUUCAGAAAAUCAGGUCCUUCCGCCGAGGCACCUUCACAGACUGCGCCAUCUCCAACAUGACCCAGGAGAUCACGAGAAAUCCCAGCAAGGGCAUCAACUUUGCCAUCGUGAUCACUGAUGGGCACGUGACCGGAAGCCCGUGCGGGGGCAUCAAGAUGCAGGCUGAGCGAGCCCGCGACAUGGGGAUCAAGCUUUUCUCUGUGGCCCUCAACCAAAACAAGAACGAUCAUGGGCUUCGGGAGAUCGCCAACCUCCCCCAUGAGCUCUACCGGAACAACUACCUCACCAUCAGAGAGGACUCAUCUAUUGACCAGGAGACCAUCGACAGAAUCAUCAAGGUCAUGAAACACGAAGCAUAUUCAGAGUGCUACAAGGUGAGCUGCCUGCAGAUCCAAGGCCCUGCUGGUCCCAAGGGUUAUCGAGGACAGAAGGGUGCUAAGGGGAACAUGGGUGAGCCAGGCGAACCUGGACAGAAAGGACGGCAGGGAGACCCAGGCAUCGAGGGCCCCAUUGGCUUCCCAGGACCCAAGGGUGUCCCCGGCUUCAAAGGCGAGAAGGGUGAAUAUGGCGGAGAUGGAAGAAGGGGAGCUGCGGGGCUGGCAGGCAAGAACGGGACAGAUGGACAGAAGGGGAAGCGGGGACGCAUUGGACCCCCUGGCUGCAAGGGGGACCCCGGUGACAGGGGCCUCGAUGGUUACCCAGGGGAAGCUGGCAGCCCAGGAGAACAGGGAGACCAGGGCAGUAAGGGAGAUUCUGGCCGCCCAGGACGCCGAGGACCCCCAGGACUGGAUGGAGAGAAAGGAAACCCGGGUUACCAAGGCAACAACGGAGCCCCAGGAAGCCCAGGCAUCAAGGGAGCUAAGGGAGGGCCAGGACCCAGAGGACCCAGGGGAGAGCAGGGCCGUCGAGGAGACCCCGGAGCCAAAGGUAGCCCCGGAAAUGAUGGGCCAAAGGGAGAAAAGGGAGACCCUGGCCCCGAGGGACCCAGAGGCCUGGCAGGAGAAAUUGGGAACAAAGGAGCCAAGGGUGACCGCGGCUUGCCUGGGCCCAGAGGACCUCAGGGCAGCCUUGGAGAGCCCGGGAAACAGGGAUCACGCGGGGACCCAGGGGAUGUUGGUCCCAGGGGAGAAUCAGGACCUCCAGGACCCAAGGGAGACCGAGGUCGACCUGGCUUCAGUUACCCUGGACCUCGAGGAGAACCGGGAGAAAAAGGCGAGCCUGGUCCCCCAGGCCCAGAGGGCGGAAGAGGGGACUUUGGUAUCAAAGGAGCCCCAGGUAGAAAGGGAGAGAAAGGAGAGCCGGCAGAUCCUGGCCCCCCUGGAGAGCCUGGCCCCAGAGGACCCAAAGGAUCUCCAGGCCCAGAGGGUGAACCUGGUCCCCCUGGAGACCCUGGCCUGACGGAAUGUGACGUCAUGACCUAUGUGAGGGAGACAUGCGGCUGCUGCGACUGCGUGAAGCACUGUGGGGCUCUGGACAUCGUGUUCGUCAUCGACAGCUCUGAGAGCAUUGGUUAUACCAACUUCUCACUGGAGAAGAAUUUUGUCAUCAAUGUGGUCAACAGGCUAGGUUCCAUCACCAAGGAUCCCAACUCAGACACAGGGACUCGCAUCGGGGUGGUUCAGUACAGCCACGACGGGACCUUCGAGGCCAUCAAGCUGGACGAUGAGCGGAUCACCACCCUUUCGCAAUUCAAGGAAGAGGUGAAAAAGUUAGAGUGGAUCGCGGGGGGCACCUGGACGCCCUCGGCCCUGAAUUACACCUACAACGCGCUCAUCAAGGGCAGCAGGCGGAAGAAGACGAAGGUGUUCGCGGUCGUCAUCACAGACGGGCGCCACGACCCCCGCGACGACGAGCAGUCCCUGACGGCCUUGUGUAACACGGUGGAGAACGUCGUGGUCACGGCCAUCGGCAUCGGGGACAUGUUCAACGAGCAGCACGAGAGCGAGAGCCUCAGGUCGAUCGCCUGCAACCAGAAGGGUCAAGUCCGCAACAUGACCUUGUUCUCCGACUUGGUGGCUGAGAAGUUCAUCGACGAGAUGGAAGCUUUCCUCUGCCCAGAUCCACAGAUUGUCUGCCCCGAGCUUCCCUGCCAAACAGAACUGUACGUAGCCCAGUGCACCCAACGGCCUGUCGAUAUUGUCUUCCUGCUGGAUGGCUCAGAGAGGAUCGGGGAGCGCAACUUUCACAAGGCCCACCGCUUUGUGGAGGAGGUGGCCCGGCGGCUGACCCUGGCGCGGCGACACAACGACCCCAUGAAUGCCCGCGUGGCCCUCCUCCAGUACGGCAACGAGCGGGAGCAGGAAGUCGUCUUCCCGCUCACCUCCAACCUGACGGUGAUCCACGACGCCCUCAGCAACAUCCGAUACCUCAACUCCUUCUCCCACAUCGGCACCGGCAUCAUCCACGCCAUCAACAACAUCGUCAUGGACCAGCAGGCGGGGGCCCGCCGCAACGCCGAGCUCUCCUUCGUCUUCAUCACGGACGGCAUCACCGGGGAGAUGAGUCUGAACGAGUCCCUGCACUCCAUGCGCAAGCAGGACGUCGUGCCCACCGUGCUGGCCCUGGGGAACGACGUGGACAUGGACCUCCUCCUGAAGAUCAGCUUGGGUGAUCGGUCCGCCAUCUUCCAAGAGAAGGACUACGACAGCCUGGCCCAGCCCAGCUUCUUCGACAGGUUCAUUAGAUGGAUCUGCUAGCUCCCCCAAGGUUUCCGAAGGCACGUGUCCCAAGCGCUCCAUCUCGCCCCCACCCCGCCCUGACCCCCGAACACAGAUGUACACAGACACCUGCGAUGCGGCCCUGCUCCUCUCCUCUGGGUAACUCCACGCCUCGGCCUGGCGGGGUCCCAUAAAACUGGGGCUCCCCUGCAGGCCAAGCAAGGAAGUGGAAGUCUGGAUUCUUCAUGUUGAACCACAAACAGGAAUAAUCUUAACUCUUAAUGGUGCUAACAGAGAACAAGAACGCAGAAAGACUCAGAGCCGCAGCCGAACCUUUCCGAUGCUUCUGCAAGUACCAAGUAGUUCCCCACUCUGCGCGUGUGUGUGUGAGAGAGAGAGUGCAUGUAGGGUACGAAGAGAGAUCCAUAUCAGAGGCGCUUUUAGAGGGGAGACCUCGGCAUCGCCCUUAGGUGAGGCGUAACUGGCGUAUCACGGUGCUCCCAGAGGGCUUCCCCCUUCUCGCCCCCACACUAGUCCUGAAGAAGUCCAGAUGAUCGACCUCCUAGUCCCAUCCCCGGGAUAGAUUUUCAUGUUCCCUGGGCCCCCCGGGUAGAGAUGGAUGCAGAGUUUCCAGGAGCGUGAACAAGUGAACAGACACGUAAUCAGAGCAGCGCUGACCAGUGCCGGUGGGGAGCCUGUCCCUACUCUGGUCCAUCCCACACCCGGCAGAAUGCUUUUCCAGGAGCAACACGGUCAUCUCUCUACCUCCCCACACCAGGACCUGCAAAGCCUCACUCAUGCUUCUUGCAUCCACCAUGAGCAUCUUGGCCGACCAUCCAAGGCCACCCAGCAGUGAGACAGACUGCCGCCUGCAAACCCCUCUGCCCAGGGCCCUCCAUCCCUGCCCCCUCCUUCCCAGCAGCCUCUCGCCAACGUCCUCGCCAAGGUCCGCGAUGAGGGGACUUGAGCUUUCUGCUUCCUUGCCUGGCAUAUGCUGUUCUGCCCUUGCCCCAUCACCCCUUUGGAAUCCCGCCCCAUGUGCCCGUUUCUCAUCAGAUGGUUCCGUGCCUUCUUAGUGCUCCUCUGCGGCCUUCCCUGCAGGGUCCCUGCUUGCUGAGAGAGCUGUUCGGUGCCCUUCCUCCGCUGAUGCUUCAUCUGCCCUUCCUCGAUUCCAAGAGCAGAGAGAAGGUGCCACACUUCUCAGAUGGUGGAGGAGUGCUGCACACACUCGGUGCUGCAUAAGUGCUCAUUAGCUCACCUCCUAGCUCCACCUCAAGCUGCAGAGAGCCUUGUUCUUCCCAGAGCUGUGCGCCUCUGCUGGUCCCCUGCUCCCUCCCUGCACUUGGGUCUGCCUUCCCUCUCAUCGCCACCAUGUGCCCCCUCAGGAGUGAGCUCAGGCCUCCCUCAGAAAAGGCAGGUGAGCCAGGCUGUUGACCUCAUGCUGCUGCUGACCCGGUCCUGGGAAUGUAACUCCUGACACUGUUUGCUAUAGUUAGCCCCCCACACACACACAGCGGGCCCACUGCCUUCCUACAAAUCCCACUCUUUCUGCAGACCUCCUUCUCACCUCUUGGCUGUCCUAAGAAGCUGUGGGAUCCCAUACCUGCCUCCUCAUAGUUACAUAUGCCACUGGGCAUCAGGCUCAGCCACAGAAUUAAAAUCCAACACAUUUCCUCUGGAAACAAACUUUGUGACAUUUGACCAAUAAACUUUUCUUUUACCUCCCAAUACAAA